AUUCGUGGUCCGCUCCAUGCCUAAUAGCUGCGCUCCGGAGCUGGGGCAAAAGAGCCAUGGAGGAACCCGGCGCUCCGUGCGCCUCACUGCUCGCGGGUUCGCAGACCGCGGUCCUUCCAGCCAACCUCUCCUUGGGCCACUCACACAACUGCAGCGCCGAAGGUUACAUCUACCAAGACUCCAUCGCCCUGCCCUGGAAAGUACUGCUGGUACUGCUGCUGACGCUCUUCACCUUGGCCACCACGCUCUCCAAUGCCUUUGUGUUCGCCACCGUGUACCGGACGCGGAAGCUGCACACCCCGGCGAAUUACCUGAUUGCCUCCCUGGCGGUCACCGACUUGCUCGUGUCCAUCCUGGUGAUGCCCAUCAGCACCAUGUACACGGUCACCGGGCGCUGGACACUGGGCCAGGUGGUCUGCGACCUCUGGCUGUCUUCGGAUAUCACCUGUUGCACCGCUUCCAUAAUGCACCUGUGUGUCAUCGCCCUCGACCGAUACUGGGCCAUCACGGACGCCGUGGAGUACUCGGCUAAACGGACUCCCAAAAGGGCGGCAAUCAUGAUUGCGCUGGUGUGGGUGUUCUCCAUCUGUAUCUCGCUGCCGCCCUUCUUUUGGCGUCAGGCCAAGGCCGAGGAAGAGGUAUCUGAGUGCCUAGUGAAUACCGAUCACGUCCUGUAUACUGUCUACUCCACGGUGGGCGCGUUCUAUUUACCCAGCCUGCUCCUCAUCGCCCUCUACGGUCGCAUCUAUCUGGAAGCCCGCUCCCGGAUUUUGAAACAAACGCCUAACAGGACGGGCAAGCGGCUAACCCGAGCCCAGCUGAUAACCGACUCCCCUGGGUCCACGUCCUCGGUCACCUCAAUUAACUCGCGGGUUCCCGACGUGCCCAGCGAAUCCGGAUCCCCAGUGUACGUGAACCAAGUCAAAGUGCGCGUCUCCGACGCCCUGCUGGAAAAGAAGAAACUCAUGGCCGCUAGGGAGCGCAAAGCCACCAAGACCUUAGGGAUCAUUUUGGGAGUGUUUAUUGUCUGUUGGCUACCCUUCUUCAUCAUCUCCCUGGUGAUACCGAUUUGCCAGGAUGCCUGCUGGUUCCACAAGGCCAUCUUUGACUUCUUCACGUGGCUGGGUUAUGUCAACUCGCUCAUCAAUCCUAUCAUCUAUACUAUGUCUAAUGAGGACUUCAAACAAGCGUUCCAAAAACUGGUACGCUUUAAGUGUGCAGGCUGACUUGCCUAUGGCAGUAGGGUCGCCUAAGUGACCCAUGGGAACCAAAUU